AUAAAAAGCUUCUGUUCCUACAAUUAUAAAUAUAACUUAUAAAUUUAGGAUAUUUGUUGCAAAGUUUUAUUUUCCAUAGUACAAAACGAGCGAUGCUUAAUUCGAAGACAGAAUCUACAUUAGGCAUAUGAUUCGUGUGUAAUUGUCAGAAAGCGUUUUGCGAAGAAAUGUCUAUCUGCCAGGCGUCUACCGAUCGUUUUCGUCGAUUCACAAUAGUCACGCAUAGCGGUGGUGCCAUCGCGGACAAUAUCAACGUUUUUAUUAUGACAGCUGGUAACCCGACCGGGUAAACUUCGAAAGCGGACGUGCCAUUACGCGUUUAAAGCAAUUUCCGGAAAUCCCUCGUGACGUUCGACAAAUGGACUGGAGUCAUAAAUAGUUCCACAGUUCUGGGUUGAAGCACGACGAGCGCCCAUGCCACUCCCUCCUCCCCCUUUCUCUCUCUCUCUCUCUCUUCCCUGAAUGUUCCGUGAAAUAUUAAUGUGAAUUUUAUUAUUACGACUCUUAUAUGUACGACACUAACCCAGAAAGACCACUUCCCAUAACGUUUCCAUCGUUAUUAUCGAACUUAUCCUCGAGUUGUCAGAAUUACGAAACCUUAAUAAUGUCGCGGGGUUAUAGAGGUUUCCAUAACUUUCCAAGUACUUAUGUAUUUGAUAUAAGCAUUCAUCAUUUUUUACGAACAAAUCGUUCAUUCAUCAUGAAUUACAAAUGGUGAAAAGAUGUAUCGAUUUAUUACAGAAUAAAUAAUCGUCAUUAAUAUAUCCCUCUCUAAAAAGGAGAUGUUGAUAUUGUUGUCGCUUUUCCGAGAUGCUAAUUGGCUAUCUCGCUAUUCCGACUAACAAUAAGAUCCUUAGAAUUGUCGCGUUCUGUAAACAAGGAAGCGACGCAAUUAAAAUGGCGAAAGAAUUCGCUUGCCCGUGCGGUCAAUUUCGCGUGUCACGAUUGAUAUGGUCGGCACGCGAAAUGAGUAAACCGCACUAUGUAUCGUGCGUCUUCGCACAAACGAGUGUUGCCGCGUGGCGCACAUAUACAUAUAUAUGUAUAAUACGUAACUUGCUCUUAAAUUCGCGUUCUUUAAUUUUCCAUAUAUCAAACAAUAAAUAAUACAUUCGUUUUUUACAUAUAAAACAAGCAUUUUAAGUAAAACUAUAUAUGUACAUAUAAAGCAAAUUUAAAUAUCCGACAUUUACAUGCAUGUCCAAUAUGUGACAGCAACGAUAAGAUACCGAGUUUUAAAGAAUUUUACUGACAUUUUAAUUCCAAUGAGCCUGUAUACGAUGACGCUAUGAAUAUUCUAGUUUAUUGAUGAGUAACUCACAUAAAUUUUCAAUCACUGUAAUCAGAGAACGGUAAGAUUCAAAAUCAUUAUUGGUUUAUAGAAGCACAAAAGCGUCAAUUUUGAGAAUUGCAUUCAAGAAUUUUAUCCCGUAUCCAGUAACACAAUAACUUGUAUUAUUAUUCCCGGUAUCGACAAAACUAUUACAAGAACACACUUUGUAAAAUGAAGCCAAUUGCUGAAGUGACAUUUUGGAUAACGUGCUUUUUAUAUAUUGCCACACCAAUAGAAACUGCAAAGAUUUUGGCAAUUAUUCCAAUACCGUCCUACAGUCAUCAAAUUCCUUAUCGGCCAUUAUGGAUCACUCUAAGUCGAAGAGGGCACGAAGUUGUCCUACUAACAACGGAUCCAAUAAAUGAUCAUAGUUUGACCAAUUUGACAGAGAUCAACUUGCAAGAGAACUACAAAUACAUUAGAAAAUUGAAUUUCGUCAAAAACAUAAAGAUCCAUACGUGGUUAAGUACAGCACGCACACAAAUAUGGCCUAUGAUUUAUAAAACAGCAGAAACUAUUUACGAGCAUCCGGAAGUACGUAAGCUGUAUGUAUCGAAUAGUAACGAAAAAUUUGACGUAGUUAUUGCAGAAACUUUCACAUCACCUUGCUUCUAUGCUUUGGCGCAUAGAUUUAAUGCACCUCUUAUAGGUGUGGCAACACUUGGAUUGAAUAAUAAUAAUUAUUACUUAUUCGGUGCACCGGUUCUGCCAUCACAUCCUUCAGCUUGGGAAAUGGAAGGUGACACCGGUUUUAAUUUGCCAGUGUGGCAAAGAAUAAAGAAUUUUAUUCGUCAAUGGUAUCAUAUAUAUUGUGUAUUAAAUUACUUUUAUCCUGAGCAGCAAGCGAUAGCAGAAAAAUAUCUCGGAAAAAAUAUACCGGACAUAAGUGAUAUAGAAAGAAACAUGAGUAUUGUUUUUCAUAAUCAACAAGAAAUGCUUUCGUUUGUUAGACCGACAACACCUAAUAUUUUCACAUUUGGAAAUUUUCAUAUUUCAAAAAAAUCUGCGGCUUUACCGAAAAACUUGAAAGAAUUUAUAACAGAUGCACCAAAUGGAUUUAUAUACGUGAGUCUAGGUACAAAUGUGCCUGUAUCAGCAUUACCGGAACAUGUGCAAAUCAUAUUUCGCGAUGUAUUCGCAAGCUUGUCAUAUAAAGUUCUAUGGAAACAUGACAGCGAUUUACCAAAUAAAACUGACAAUAUCCAUAUCGCUAAAUGGUUUCCUCAACAGAGCAUUCUCGCUCAUCCAAACAUUAAAUUAUUCAUAUAUCAAGGUGGACUUCAAAGCACGGAAGAAGCUGUUUAUUACACAGUACCACUCUUAGGAUUACCAGUACUAGCCGAUCAGACUACUCAAGUUAAUAAAAUGGUAUCUUUAGGAGUUGCAAAAAGUUUAAAUAUAAUAGAUUUAACGAAAGAAAAACUAAAUGAAUCUAUAACAGAAAUUUUGAGCAAUAAGAGAUAUAAACAAAGAAUGCUCGAAGUUAAAAUGCUAAAUGAAGAUAAACCUUAUAAUCUUUUGGAACAUGUAAUUUGGUGGAUUGAAUACGUAAUUCGUCAUAAGGGUGCUUCUCAUUUACGUACCAGUAUCGUUCAUGACCCUUGGUACCAAAAACAAGAAAUGGACGUUAUAGCAAUUUUAUCAAUUGUCAUAUUUGUAACGUUAUUGUGGACUCUAGUAAUUAUUUACAAAUUGUUAAAACUAAUAUUUAAUCUUACAAAAAUGUCAGUAGUUGUUAAGAAAAAGAUUAAUUAAUUCUUAAUAUGUAUAAGUACAUUAUACAAAAAAUUAAAAGAUGAAAAAAUUAUUUAAUGUUCAUAUUUUUAC